AUGGGCCCUCUCGCAUUACAGCGCGUACAAAGGGGCCCUCUCACAUUACAGCGCGUACAAACAUUACAGGAACGGUCUUACAUUACAGCACGUGCCAGGGAACGGUCUUACAUUACAGCACGUGCCAGGGAACGGUCUCACAUUACAGCACGUGCCAGGGAACGAUCUCAGAUAACAGCACGUGCCAGGGAACGGUUUCAGAUAACAGCACGUGCCAGGGAACGGUAUCAGAUAACAGCACGUGCCAGGGAACGGUCUCAUAUUACAGCACGUGCCAGGGAACGGUCUCAUAUUACAGCACGUGCCAGGGAACGGUCCCAUAUUACAGCACGUGCCAGGGAACGGUCUCAUAUUACAGCACGUGCCAGGGAACGGUCUCAUAUUACAGCACGUUCCAGGGAACGGUUUCAGAUAACAGCACGUUCCAGGGAACGGUUUCAGAUAACAGCACGUGCCAGGGAACGGUCUCAUAUUACAGCACAUGCCAGGGAACGGUUUCAGAUAACAGCACGUGCCAGGGAACGGUUUCAGAUAACAGCACGUUCCAGGGAACUGUUUCAGAUAACAGCACGUGCCAGGGAACGGUUUCAGAUAACAGCACGUUCCAGGGAACGGUAUCAGGUAACAGCACGUGCCAGGGAACGGUCUCAUAUUACAGCACGUGCUAGGGAACGGUUUCAUAUUACAGCACGUGCCAGGGAACGGUAUCAGAUAACAGCACGUGCCAGGGAACGGUCUCACAUUACAGCACGUGCCAGGGAACGGUCUCACAUUACAGCACGUGCCAGGGAACGGUAUCAGAUAACAGCACGUGCCAGGGAACGUUAUCAGAUAACAGCACGUGCCAGGGAACGUUAUCAGAUAACAGCACGUGCCAGGGAACGGUAUCAGAUUACAGCACGUGCCAGGGAACGGUAUCAGAUUACAGCACGUGCCAGGGAACGGUAUCAGAUUACAGCACGUGCCAGGGAACGGUUUCAGAUUACAGCACGUGCCAGGGAACGGUUUCAGAUUACAGCACGUGCCAGGGAACGGUUUCAGAUUACAGCACGUGCCAGGGAACGGUAUCGGAUAACAGUGAGUGCCAGGGAACGGUAUCAGAUAACAGCACGUGCCAGGGAACGGUUUCAGAUAACAGCACGUGCCAGGGAACGGUAUCAGAUAACAGCACGUGCCAGGGAACGGUAUCAGAUAACAGCACGUGCCAGGGAACGGUCUCAUAUUACAGCACGUGCCAGGGAACGGUCUCCCAUUACAGCACGUGCCAGGGAACGGUCUCAUAUUACAGCACGUGCCAGGGAACGGUCUCAUAUUACAGCACGUGCCAGGGAACGGUCUCAUAUUACAGCACGUGCCAGGGAAAGGUCUCAUAUUACAGCACGUGCCAGGGAACGAUCUCAGAUAACAGCACGUGCCAGGGAACGGUUUCAGAUAACAGCACGUGCCAGGGAACGGUAUCAGAUAACAGCACGUGCCAGGGAACGGUCUCAUAUUACAGCACGUGCCAGGGAACGGUCUCAUAUUACAGCACGUGCCAGGGAACGGUCCCAUAUUACAGCACGUGCCAGGGAACGGUCUCAUAUUACAGCACGUGCCAGGGAACGGUCUCAUAUUACAGCACGUUCCAGGGAACGGUUUCAGAUAACAGCACGUUCCAGGGAACGGUUUCAGAUAACAGCACGUGCCAGGGAACGGUCUCAUAUUACAGCACAUGCCAGGGAACGGUAUCAGAUAACAGCACGUGCCAGGGAACGGUUUCAGAUAACAGCACGUGCCAGGGAACGGUAUCAGAUAACAGCACGUGCCAGGGAACGGUCUCAUAUUACAGCACGUGCCAGGGAACGGUCUCCCAUUACAGCACGUGCCAGGGAACGGUCUCAUAUUACAGCACGUGCCAGGGAACGGUCUCAUAUUACAGCACGUGCCAGGGAACGGUCUCAUAUUACAGCACGUGCCAGGGAAAGGUCUCAUAUUACAGCACGUGCCAGGGAACGGUCUCAUAUUACAGCACGUUCCAGGGAACGGUUUCAGAUAACAGCACGUUCCAGGGAACGGUAUCAGAUUACAGCACGUGCCAGGGAACGGUUUCAGAUUACAGCACGUGCCAGGGAACGGUUUCAGAUUACAGCACAUGCCAGGGAACGGUAUCGGAUAACAGAUUAUGCGCUCUCACGUUUUGAAGCUUAUUUCCAGCAGAAGCGACUUUGGUCCUGA